UUUCAUGUAACAUAUACACCGGUAUUGGGUGAAAAACAGGAAUUGGACGGGCCAUUGAUAACCUUGUGUAGUUCUUGCGGCGGAAGACAAAGAAGUUUAAAUAAAUGGGUCUAGCUUUAAUCGUCGGACUCCUCGGCCUUCUGAUUCUAUUUCACGCCGCUUAUUCAACUAUUCAGUAUAGGGGCCUUUUGAAGAUUACGGAGGAAGAGUUUUCAGGGCCUCCAUUCGACGUGGUGAUUGAGCUGUUUCUUGGAUUGUUGCUUUGUUUUUGGGCUGCCCUCACUGCGCCGGGGAAGUUUCUAUCCAUACAUCCUCACUCUGAAGAUAACAGAAUUGUCUCUUUACCUGCCAACCUAGACUUCAUGAUCUUCAACCACCGAGGCAAGGCCUUUCCUGUGGAAAUGGAUUUGAAGCUGAGACAAUGAGAACUAUUGGAUCCAGUGUCUUCAUCUCUCACACGAGGAGGAAAAUCUUUACACUGGAAAAUUAAAGAAUUGGGAUGUACAUUUUGACCGUUGGUUGAUGUAUCGGUUUUGCUGUUUCUUUUUGUAGCUUUGGCCAUUUGCCCUGCUAAUAAUGUUCACAGGAUGUUAUUACUUGACUCAUGUAUGAAGAGAUUGCUUGCACUUCAACUAAUACUUUACACAAUUGAUUUCCUGAA